CCUGAACAUAACGAGUCAAUAAUUUAACAAUAGUAAUCAUUUUUAUUUUCCUUUUUACUGUAGUGAAUAUUUUCGUGUUAAAGCCAACAUGAAGAUUUCAAUCGACAUGAUAUUCCUAUCUUUAUUGGUCUCUUUCAUUCCGAUACAAGUGGGAGCAGAUAUUCGAAAGGACUGUCGUAAACAAACUGGCGUUUCGUGGAACUCACUUAAUAAACUGAAAGCUGGAAAUUUUGUGCAAAAAGAUCCAAAAUUGAAAUGUUAUCUAAAAUGUUUUAUGCAAAAGAAUGGAAUUUUUGGAAAAAAUGAUAUCGAUGUUGAAAAAGCUCUAAGACAUUUACCACCAGGCUUACAAGUUAAAUCAAGAAAGACAUUAGAACGUUGUCGAAAAAUACCAACAAGAGGUUCUUGUGAUAAAGCUUUUCAACUUGCUCGAUGUUUUUUCACAAUACAACCUGAAGUACUCAGCAGUGUUCCAUUUGUUUAAAAUGAUCCUAGUGCUAUUUUAUUCUUUAUAAUCAAUCAAAAAGUUCUAAAUGAAUUUUAAAUAUGUAAUAAAAAAUUAAAAGUCAAGCCGUGAGUUUAGAG